AAUUUAAUCGGAGUUUUAUCCAACACUGCAAACUGUCAAACGUCGCGAAAAAAAACAACACCGGCACACACAAAAUCGCACAAACGCCAUUGAUGUUGCGAAAUUUGCCAGCUAAUGAUAUAGUGAAACAUGAAUUGGUACGAAAUUGAUGCAGAUGAAAGACGCAGCUCGGGAUUUCCAGAGCGCGCAAUUCCUGGCUACGGCCAUCAGAGUGACGACCAUCCGGAUAACUUUGGUGGCGGCAUCAUCAAUGGCGGCAAGUGGGGAUGGAUCACAAACAGGUACUCAAACGAUGCCACUCUGUUGAUCUGUUCGCUGAGGGCGGGCAAGUGCAUUCUGCGUCACAUAUUCUGGAGAGAAGAGGCCGACAGUAGCCAGCGCUGCAGCAUCAGUUGUGUGGAGGAGCUCUUCCCUGGCCAAAAAGACGGAACGAAAUGGCUCGCCGUCUGCCUGGAGACGUGGAACGAUAAGGAAAGCCGGCCCGAGAACUGUGCCAACGCCAUCACACAGAUUGCCAUCUUCUCGACAGCCUACAAUCAGGUGCUUCGCUGCAUCGAUCUGGACGGCCUCUACUGCAGCACCCUCACGUUUCUGGACACACAAAUGUGCCAGCGCACGCGUCUUCGCAACUUUGAUGGCUGCCUGGCGGUGGGCACUAAUGAGGGGGCCGUUCUGCUGUGCGACAUAAAAUGCAACAUUCUGAUGGAAAGUCGCAGUCAAAACAUUAGACUGCCGCAGAGUGAGAUCACUUGUGGUCAGGUGGUCCGAAGGCAAUCCUCCGAGUGCUCCACGGACGCAAUCAAUACUUGGCUGCAAGAACAGGAAUGCAGCCUCGACUGCAAUGGCCACUUGGCAGUGGAGGUGGAUGUGGGCAAGAGCGAGGUGCGCUGCCUUAUAUCUGUUAACUUCAUCACUGGCUUUGCCGCUGGCCUCAAGGAUGGCCGCAUUGUGAUCUACGAUCUGGAUAGUUUCCAUAUCACCGCCGUACUUUAUCCUCCCGGGUUCGAGGUGGCCAGUGUAGAGCGACUCUGCUGCGUUGUGCCACGAGAUGAUCCCAAGCCCUGCCUCUUCGUAUUCGGCAUGUACGGUGGGGCCACCGAAAUGACCACCCUCCUCCAUUCCAUCCACUACAGCCACUCCAAUGCGGAUGACGAAGGCCAGGAGAUACUCUUUAAGAACUUUAGGAGCACCGAAACCUGCGCUAAUCUGCUGCUCGAUAGCGGCCCCUGCUCCAUCCUUGGCUGCUCAACGGCCUCCUCAUUCAGCUCUUACGGCGACAAUGGCACCCUCCUGGCCUUAUUCAGCUGGUACUCGCACAAUGAGGGCACGAACAAGCUUCUACUCUUCGACAUGAAUCAGUGGUACAAGGACGAGAUGCCCACCUGCCUGAACCCGAACCAGAAGCUCAACUUUCUGGCCGGCUAUUCACUGCCUGGCGAGGUCCCAGGCCUGGGCUUUCACCUGGACUCCGCAACUAUUCAGCAUUUCAUUUCGUUGCAGCGCUACGAUGAGCAUUUCUAUCCCAUUUCAUUGAGCUUUGAUUUCUCCCUGCUAACAGCCGGGGGCUGCCAGUACUAUGUCCAUGAGGGGCUGCAGCGGCGCUUUCUGCGAAGCCUCCAGGCGGAGAAGGCCCCGCUCUUCUUGAUGGCUGAGGAAACACACAAGAACAUUAUUGGCCUGCGCCUCAUGCCUCAGUUCAGUGAGCUCCAACCCGAUGCCACAUUCUCCAAGAUGGCCAUGUAUGAGGAGAUCCUCUCGGUGGCCCUCGAACACGGAUUAAUGGGACUGCUAAAGAAUUGUGCAAAGAGCUGGAUCGAUGGCAGCUACCUGCGCAACCUGCGGGAUCCCACAACACUCUCCCUGUCGACCCUCACCAACUGGAUAAUGAAGCGCGCCGCACAGAUUAAAGUGCGCUGCUCGGAGCUGUGCCAGGGCAUCUUUGACUACGGCGGCUAUCCCCUGGACGAGCGCGAGCGCAAGGAGUUCAGGCUGCUAAACGGCCAGUUGGGCAAUCUGGACAGCCUGCAGUCGUACAUCGCGAGUUUGGGCAAGCGCAGCCUGGCUCAAUCGCUACUCAGCGAAAUCGAGAGCAAUGGACAGAUGCUCCGCACAGUCCAUGCCUACCAGAAAGUGCUACUGUACUUCAUUAGGUGGGGACUGCUGCCAGAAGGCCAGCAGUUUCAACAGAAGGAGGAGGGCGGACAGCAGCCUUCGGCCCUAGUGCAGAUGCGACGCGACUACGCAGAAAGAGGCUUGUCGAGGCGUGGUAGUCUCUACAUCGAUCGCCUGUUGCGGCGUAUUUCCCAAGAGAGCGGCGGUGUACCCGAUUCCCUGGUGUAUCCUCCAGACACACAGUCCAUCAUGAACUUGAUGCUGUCGCCGAACACCGAUAUGGAUCACAAGCAAGAGGUAAUUUUUUACUUGCUGCUCGAUCUGGAUGUCCAUAUGCCGAAAGUGAAGCUCAGCAGCAGGUUUAUCACCGAAUUCGGUCUCAAAAAGAAUCUCGUGUUGCGCGUGAAGUCCCUCUGGGCCCUGGAUCACGAUGAUCAUUCGGAAUGCAUAAGACUGCUGUCGAGCUCGAAGUGUUCGGACACAACCUAUCAGAACUGGCAUGUGGAGCUGCUGGUGGAAACUCUCCUGGCCAAGGGCGCCGUCUCGGCGGCCAUGAGCGUGGUGGGACGGCCGCCGGGGCCGCUUUCCACGCUGACGCACCUGAAGGUCCUAGUGGCCAGCAAAAACAUACCCGAGGCCUUCGAGUAUGCCCGGCGCAAUGACGACGACGUAACGGGCCGGCCGCUGCUGGAGUACUUCUUCCGGCAAUGCAUCGAGGACCGGCAGUUCAAGGCUCUGGCCCAGCUGUGCCUGCGCGAAUCGGAGGAGGAGCUCGCCCUGCGCCUGCUCAGGGAGUGCAAGACCCCGCUGACGGAUAGCGUUCAGCUGAUUCUGCUUCUGCAUAAGUCCAAGUACAUUGAGGCGGUCUCCUUUAUGGACGAGGUGGCCGCCGAGCGGCAGAUCGCCGACGAUUCCAGCCGAGCGAUUAUCUGUGCCUACCGCUCAACGAUGAACCCCGUUUCCCAGACCCUUGCCGGCGACUACUUCCGCAUCCGCGAGAACCUGGACGUGGCGCCGGCCGAGAACGUCCAUCCGGAGCCCUUCAGCAGUCAGCUGGCCAGAGACAAUUUCAGGGGACUGAAGGGCAGCGUCUUUCAGAGCUCUGCCCUCGGCGCCCACUGGGCCACGCUCUACAACAUGGACUCAUCGCCGAAGGGCAAGGCGAUCCCCUGCCACCAGGUGCCCUUCCUGCGGAGCUCGAUGUACGGCCUGAGCCAGCUGCCCCGUCGCCGUCGCACUUUGCGUCCUGUGCCCCACCAGGCGGUGAAGAAGCGUGUACGCGAGCCGGAGGAACCUGAGCAGGCCGGCGGCGGCGGCGGCGACUCCCAGUUGAACCUGCGGCCAUCCAAGCGGCGCCGUAUGCUGAGCGAACAUUUCGUGGAGGGUGUCUGCGACUUUGUUGGGAAUAAGUUCUAUCAAGACCAGACCGAUGAUGAUCAGCAACCCAAGCCCAGUGAGCUGCUCCAGCUGCCGACGUUCCUGCAGGCAAAGAAGCAGCCGCCGCUCCAGCAAAAGACCCAUUCACCGCCAGUGACCAUACUAAAGCGGCGACCGGCCCUCGACGCAGGGGCCGAUACUCCACCGCUGUCCACGGCUAAGCCAAAGCGGUUUCGCUUCAUGCCGCCAAUGCCAUUGCAAUGCCAUGGUCUUAACGAUAGCGACGCCAUGGAUGUGGACUGUACGUUGAGUCCCCAGAAGGUAGAUGAGGAGGAGCAGGAGGUGGAAGAGGAGCAGGAGGUGGAGGUGGAAGAGGAGGAGGAGGAGGAGGAGACUGACGAGAUCAUUGUGGAAAUCGAGCCGCCAGCUGGUUUCCUACCCUUCGCCUCGGACAACAGCCAGUCGGAUGAUGAUGAGGAUGAGGAUGAGUAUAUGUCGCCCCUGAAUUCACCAUAUACUUCGAUGGUCAGCCCGAGAUUGAUGUCAGCUCCAGAGAAACAUCUCGAGAAAUCUCCCCGCCCCAUGGCUCCGCCUGUUGGGCCUCAGCCCCGCAGCUCGCUCAUCCAGGCUGGAAAGAGCGAGAGCAGCAGCGGAUUCGGGAGCUUUGCCUCCAUCCUCACGGCCGAAACGGCAUCCCACGAGUUUGCCCCCACCGUCUGCUCCUCGAAAAUGGGAACACAGUCGAUAUUUUCCUCAGGUACGGCCACCGCAACCGCCACCGCGACCACCACCACCUCUGUUAAGAUCUCGGAGCGUACCACCAUAUGUGUGGAUAUGGAUGAUCCCGAAACGGAGCCAGAGUCAACAGCAUCGGGGGGCAGGUCCGACUGGUAUGCGCCAUCAGUUAACUUGCAGGAGCAGGAAGAGGAGCAGGAGCAGGAGCAAGAGCAGGAGCCGAAAGAGGUCCAAAUGCUGGACACCACUCUGGGAAUGUCCACAUAUGAUGUGACGACACCUGAGCAGCGGCAGGAGGAGUCGCUUUUCUCGCCGGAGAUCGAGGAUGAAAUGAUUCUGGCGGAGGUCGAGGCAGAGCAACUGGAGAAGGACGAGGAACUGAUGGAGGAGUAUCUGCAGGAGGCCCAGGAGGAAGGACAGCUGCAGGAGCGGCCCAGCAGCUACAAUCGAACAUACAUGGGCAGCUCCGAUGAUCCGCCGCAGGAGCGCAGCUCCUCGCCCUCCCUGAGCCUCAGCAGCGAAAUGUCGAACAUGUCCUCGCCCCCCACCCUGCCGGAGACCAUCCAGGGUGGCGAUGGCAUGUACUCGAUUGUCAUUGAGUCGACGGGCUCCAUAACCACAUCGCGUUCGGUCACGCACACGCCCACCUCCUUUCUGCCCAGCGACACAAAUGUUUCCCAGAACUCGAGUCCACGGGCAACGCGCGGCACUGGCGGGGAUGGCUCACCGCGUGCCCUGUACCGGGCCAAUAGCCUCGAGACCGUGGAUGAUCUGGAUACCACCAAGGGCUCCCUGGAGGAGGAGGAGGAGGAUGAUGAGGACGACUGUGUGAUCGCUCUGGACGGCACCCGGGUCGGUGGCUAUGUGGCCCGCCCCUCUCAAUCGGCGCCCUCCAGCAGUGCCGAGCUGUUCGCCUUCAAAGAUGAGACCCAGAAGGAGAACGGCCCUGGCGACGGCCCCUCCCUCUCAGUUGGGGCUACGGCUACGGACACAUCAAUCGUCAUUUUGGACAGCAGUGAAGAUGAGGCUGAAAACGAGGACAAGUCUCCAUCGAAGUCAAGCUCCACAGCGGCCUCGGACACGGGUUCAGGAUCAGAAGAGGGAUCAAGCUCAAAAUCAGAGACGGACUCGAAAUCGUCAACCUCAUCGCAAUCUGGAUCAUCCCAGACGCAAUCCAGUUCUAGUUCUAGUUCUAGUUCUAGUUCUACAUGCACAUCUAGUGAUGACGAAGCACCACCAGAAAAGAAGAUGCAUCUCGCCACGCUGCACGAAAUUGAGGAGGUAGACAGUGAGGUCGAGUCGGAGGAUGAGAACGAUGAAGCCCAGCAGAACGUUCCCGAAGAGAAGGAGGAGGAUGAGAACGAUGAAGCCCAGCAGAACGUUUCCGAAGAGGAGAAGGAGGAUGAGAACGAUGAAGCCCAGCAGAACGUUCCCGAAGAGAAGAAGGAAUCUGAAUCAAAGGACGAGCAGCAGCUGCAGGCCGAAGAUGAGCCACAGACGACGUCCCAUGAAGACCAUGACGACUCCAAACUAAGUCUGACGUUGGCCUUCUCCGACAAUGAGGACGAACGGGCUCCAACCGUAGAUUCGCCAGCUACCUCACGUGUCCUCCGCCCGCGGGCCGAUCCUGGUAUCAGGGUGCGCCUGCGCAGCGACGAUGGUCCGCCCAAGAGCUCUGCGGGCGGCUUCGAACGAUCCGUGUCCACACCACCUUUGUCGAUGCCAAAGCGCCGCAACUCGGGACAGCCCAAGAAUCCGCUGGUGGUGAUCGACGAACAUAAAUCUCUGGACUCUGGUUCUCCGAUGCUGCGCACAUCCGCGCGCACCAAGCGAUCCACCUCCACAAUUAGGGAGGUGACCGCGGAGUCGAAAAAAACAGCCGAAUCCCGGAAGGGCCGUUGUACCAGUGAGCCACCCGUGAAGUCCGGAAAGCAGCGCCGGACAAGCGGAGCCGAGGAGAAAUUGCCCGAAGAUUCCACGCUUAUAUCAUUGCCUCGUCUGCGGCUUCGAAGCACCAGCAGACGCUCCAGCUUGGCGAUGAGCGAUCAGGAGUCGCCUGCGACCACCCCCAUCCCGCAGACAACUGGACGUGAGCUUCGUCCUCGUCGCAUUCGAACCUCGUCGGAUUCUGCAUCGUCGCCAGCCUCGCGAACAGCCACACCAACUCUGCAGCAGGUGAACAGCGAGGCCAAUGUGCCCCUAAAGAAACGCCUAAGAUCAAAGCCUAUGGUCGACGGCAAUGGCGAAUCCGAAAAGUGAAGGUAACGCACCGCUGAAGGAGGAGGAAGGUGACACACACCACAAGCAACGUAGCAGACACCAGAGACUCUUGUAUUAUUGAAUGGUUACGCCGCCACAUGGGCUUUACUUUAUUUUUGUUUUUUUAGUUGUAUUGACACAAAUUGCCAAAUGGCCAGACGUGCUUCUCGCGUGUUCAAUAAAUAGUUAGAGUUCCCCCACAUGGCGGACACGUACA